GAGCGCGGCCCGCGGCCAUGAACGCGAGCGGCGACGGCGGCUUCGCGGGCUCCGCGGGCGCGGCGGGCUCCGUGCAGAGUGGCACGGCGGUGCUGGUGGAGCUGAGUGCCGACAUCCACAUCUGCGGGGUGUGCCGGCAGCAAUUCAACAACCUAGAUGCCUUCGUCACCCACAAGCAGACCGGCUGCCAGCUGAGCAGCGCCGCGGCCGCGCCAGGCACCGUGCAGUUCGUGGCAGAGGAGACAGUGCCCAUCACCCAGGCUCAGACCACCACCACCACCAUCACCUCCGAGACGCAGACAAUCACAGUUUCAGCUCCGGAGUUUGUGUUUGAACAUGGCUAUCAAACGUACCUGCCGACGGAAAGCAGCGAGAGCCAGACCACCACCGUCAUCUCUCUCCCUGCCAAGUCACGCACCAAAAAGCCGGCGGCCGCCCCUGCCCAGAAGAGGCUGAACUGCUGCUACCCAGGUUGCCAAUUCAAGACGGCCUACGGCAUGAAGGACAUGGAGCGGCACCUGAAGAUUCACACCGGAGACAAGCCGCACAAGUGUGACACGUGUGGCAAGUGCUUCAGCCGGAAGGACAAGCUGAAGACGCACACGCGCUGCCACACCGGCCAGAAGCCCUACAAGUGCAAGACCUGCGACUACGCGGCCGCCGACAGCAGCAGCCUCAACAAGCACCUGCGCAUCCACUCGGACGAGCGGCCCUUCAAGUGCCAGCUGUGCCCCUACGCCAGCCGCAACUCCAGCCAGCUCACCGUGCACCUGCGCUCGCACACCGGGGACGCCCCCUUCCAGUGCUGGCUGUGUAGCGCCAAGUUCAAAAUCAGCUCGGACUUGAAGCGGCACAUGCGCGUGCACUCGGGGGAGAAGCCCUUCAAGUGCGAGUUCUGCCACGUGCGCUGCACCAUGAAGGGGAACCUCAAGUCGCACAUCCGCAUAAAGCACAGCGGGGACCGCUUCCAGUGCCCGCACUGCGCCUUCGUGGGGGACAGCAAGGCGGCGCUGCGCAAGCACAGCCGCGCGCACCAGGCCGAGCACCCCGAGAAGUGCUCGCAGUGCAGCUACUCGAGCGCCAGCAAGGCGGCGCUGCGCGUGCACGAGCGCGUGCACUGCGCCGAGCGCCCCUUCAAGUGCAGCUUCUGCAGCUUCGACACCAAGCAGCCCAGCAACCUGAGCAAGCACCUGAAGAAGACGCACGGCCACCUGGCGCCGCCCGCGCCGCCGGCCGGCCGCCGCGAGCCGGGCCGCCAGGGCGGCCGCCAGCUGGCGCGGCUGGACGCCAAGAAGACCUUCCACUGCGACGCGUGCGACGCCGCCUUCAUGCGCGCCGACUCGCUGCGCAGCCACCGCCGGCAGCACGGCCACGCGGGCCCGGGCCCCGGCCCCAAGGCGGGCCCCGCCGCCGCCGCCGCCGCCGACGUGGCGGUGCUCCAGCUCCAGCUCCACCCCGGCAAGGCGCCGCUGCCGCCGGGCCCGGCACCCGCCGCCUUCGGCGAGGGCGGCCGGGUGAAGAUCAUCGUGGGGCCCCAGGUGCCCCCGGCCGACGCGGCCGCCGCCACCGCCGUGGUGCAGGCGGCUGCCGCCCCCGCCGCCGCCGCCGCGCUCGGCCUGGUGGCCCCGGGCGCCGAGGAGCUGGCGGCGGCCGGCGGCCGGCUGCAGAUCCUGCGCCAGGUCAGCCUGAUCGCGCCGGCCCCGGCCGCCCCGGCGGGGAGCCCGCCCGUCCUGCUGGCCGCCCCGGCCCAGACCCUCCUCCCCGCCGCGCCCGCCGGGCCCCAGGAGGGCGCCGGCGGCCAGACGUUCAUCGCCAGCCCCGGCAUCUCCUGCGCCGACUUCGAGGGCCUCAACGCGCUGAUCCAGGAGGGGACGGCCGAGGUGGCCGAGGUGACCGUGGUCAGCGACGGCGGCCCCAGCAUGGCCGUGGCCUCGGCCGCGCCGCCCAUCUUCUCGGCGGCGCAGCCCGACCUGCCCAAGCCCAGCUUCUCCAUCAUCCAGGCGGCCGCGCACCCCGCGCUGCUCUGCCCGGCAGACUCCAUCCCGGACUAGGCCCCGACAGGGCGAAUCCCGGGCCGGACCCCCGAGGCUCGCCGCACGCCCGCUCCCCAGGUGUGAUGGAUCAUUGCGACACACACAUAAUAAAUUGUAUUUUCUACUG